UAUAAUCCGGACCUAGUAGCAGUAGGUAAGUAGUGGAGAAGUUGAAGCUUGAUACGCUGUUACAAUCACUGGAUUGCGUAUUGCCUGAGCUACUUCUUUUGGGAGCCUCAGAAAUUCCCAAAGGUGCCAAGUCCGCAGCCCGCUCGACGCUGUCACCAGGGCCCGUUCCUCGCCUCUUCGGAUUUCUCGACCCAAUCUUCUCCUCGCGCCACAGCAACUCCAGAGACAAGUUCAAUGCCUUCGACGUGUCAUCCCACCGGACUGACUGAUAGAGAGCCUUGCGCCAACUGCAGCCAGACCCAAGUUGGCCUGUUCAUUGGGUGAACCACCACCUUGGUGUGCAACAUGUGCUUCGAGAAACCUGACGACCUGCCAUGAACGGAUUCGCCAAUGGCGGCACUGAAACCACCGAUAAGGACAAACCUACCCCAUUCCCCAAAAUCGAGGAGGAGGUCAAUUACAGCGGUCAGGAGCGAGAGUUUCGGGAGAGCAACAAGUUGAAGAAGCGCAAUGACGGCGCUCCAGGUCACAAGCGAUCUGUCUCCGGAAACCUCCUUUCACGUCUGAGCUUCCUUCGUACAAACAGCGAUCAGGACAAGACGGACGCCGGCGAUCGAGAUGGACCGGACUCUCCUCAUCGAGGGCGAGGUGCUAUGGCGGAAGCACAAACCCAAAGCAAGAGAAAGAGAAAGGGCUCACUAAGAAAAACAGUGCUGGGGAAAGGAAGGGACAGAAAGACUUCUGAUGUCAAAAAAUCACCUCUUUCUGGUGCCAACUCGCCAUCCGUGCAGCCCACAGAUGAAGAGGAAGAAGCACCGCCAACCCCCCGUGCCAGACAAGAUCUAUCGAGAUCAAGCCCGGUGUCGCCGGACUCUCCCCCAUCCUGGCCAUUUCGCACAUUAUCACGGGUUUCGAUACCCUCGAUCCGCAGCAGCAUUGCUUCCGUCGACCCAGCCUCGUCUGCAGCCUCGAUCAUCAGCCCCAACUUGGCUACUACUGAUGCGUCAACGGAUGACGAGGACCUCGUUUUGCCGGGCAUGUCAGCUCUGCGCAAACCCCCGUCGACAUCCUCGUUUGGGACCGACUCUUAUUUCCCCAUCCAAGAUCCUAUGCGUCGGAUGUUUGGCUCACGCACGCGAUCCCCACUGGCCACACAACCGCAGUCUAACGCCGGCACGCCGCCCGACGAAGAUGUCUGGGACUACUCCGAAACCGCUUUUUGGGGCUAUGUGAUCUUGCUUGUGACUUGGAUUGUCUUCGUUGUGGGCGUGGGGUCCUGCUUUGGGGUGUGGUCGUGGGCUUGGGAUGUGGGAGAAACACCAUACGCACCCCCGGAGUUAGAGGAUGAUCCUACUCUGCCUAUUGUUGGGUAUUACCCCGCGCUGAUGGUCUUGACGUGCAUUAUGGCUUGGGUCUGGGUGGUAGUCGCGUGGGUCGGCAUGAAAUAUUUCAGACACGCAGAUUUCAGAGGGGAUGACGGAUGAUGCCCUUAGCUUUGAACGAAUGGGGGUAUUUGAGAUUCAGUAUCAGAGCCACCUUGAUCGAACAAUUUAGAGAUGGUAUCAACUCCCGAGCACCUUGCUUCAUCCGCUUUUCCAACCUUAGUCGUUCUGCGCCUUCAUAUCAAUUUUGACCUAUAGCUCCCGAAAUUUUCCAACUCAAUCAUACACUCCUGCGCUGGGAAAGGGCACUUCUCUCCGGAUCAUACACGUCCUGG